GUGGCCACUCGGAGGAGCAAGCCAAAGAUACAACACGUAUCGGAGACGCCAGGCGUCUUUGGGACUUGGGGGAAUAUAACUGUUAGUUAAAAUAUACAGCGAAAUGCUUGAAGAAGGGGAAAAGUAAUUGGUCGUAAUAUAGUUGAGGGACUUGAUACAUCUUGUAAUCAUAGUGAAUGCCCCAAUCAAAGCGUUGGAACAAGAUCAACAAGUGAAAUCCGUGACAAAAAAAAAACGACAUCGAGUCCCUGUAGAUACUGCCUACACUAUGGUGCGUGCAGGCCUGGUGACUGCCACCAGUCUGGCUCUGACUGGCGCUGUGAUUGCCCAUGCCUACUUUCUCAAACACCAGUUCUACCCCACUGUGGUCUACCUCACUAAGAGUAGCCCCAGUAUGGCAGUGUUGUACAUCCAGGCGUUUGUGUUGGUGUUCCUGUUGGGAAAGUUCAUGCGUAAAAUCUUCUUCGGACAGCUGAGAGCUGCGGAGAUGGAGCAUCUGAUAGAGCGAUCCUGGUAUGCUGUCACAGAGACGUGUCUGGCCUUUACUGUGUUCAGGGAUGACUUCUCUCCCCGCUUCGUAGGCCUCUUCACCCUGCUGCUCUUCAUCAAGUGCUUCCACUGGCUGGCUGAGGACAGGGUGGACUUUAUGGAGAGAAGUCCUAAUAUAUCCUGGGUCUUCCACUUCAGGGUGUUCUCUCUCAUGGUGUUGCUGGGAAUCCUGGACUUCCUGUUUGUUAACCAUGCCUGUCACAGUAUCAUCACCCGAGGGGCCUCUGUCCAACUAGUCUUUGGAUUUGAGUAUGCCAUCCUGAUGACAAUGGUGCUCACCACCUUCAUCAAGUACACCCUCCACACUGUUCACCUCCAGAGUGACAACCCCUGGGACAACAAAGCAGUCUACAUGCUCUACACCGAGCUCUUCACUGGUUUCAUCAAGGUCCUCCUGUACAUGGCGUUCAUGACCAUCAUGAUAAAGGUGCAUACCUUCCCCCUAUUCGCCAUCCGGCCCAUGUACCUGGCUAUGAGGCAGUUCAAGAAAGCAGUAACAGAUGCCAUAAUGUCACGGCGAGCCAUCCGCAACAUGAAUACACUUUACCCAGAUGCCACUCCUGAAGAUCUGCUGGCUUCAGACAACGUGUGUAUCAUCUGUCGUGAAGAGAUGGUGACUGGAGCCAAGAAACUUCCCUGCAAUCAUAUCUUCCACUCUAGUUGCCUUCGCUCCUGGUUCCAGAGACAGCAGACGUGUCCUACAUGUCGUAUGGAUGUCCUCCGGGCCUCUAACCCCAAUCAGCCCCCCACCCCAGCGCCUGCCCAGCCCCCUGCCCCAGCAGCACCCGCCAACGCCCCUGUCCCUGGGAACGUUGGCCCUGGAAUGAUGCCCCACUUCCCCCCAGGGCUGUUUCCUUUCUGGGGGCCCUUCCCUGGAGCGGCUCCCCCUGCUGGUGCUCCCGGUGCCCCAGGGGCCACAGACGCCCCUGGGGCCACAGAGGCGGCUCAGGCUCAGGGCGCUGGUACCAGUCAUUCCACAGGGGCCAGUGCUGCUCCUGCUCCAGGAGGCCCUAUGCCUGGGUUCCCCUUCCCCUCCUUCCCACCCCCACCGUUCCCCUCAGCUCCGUGGCUGACUAUGCCACCACCUCCACCAUUUGUGUCAUCCAUGCCCCCUCCUCCCCCGGCCCUGUCCACCAUGUCAGAGGCUGAGCUGAGGGAGCUGGAGCAGGAGGGCCGUAGAGGCCUGGAGGCCAGACUGCAGUGUCUCCACAACAUCCACACUCUACUGGACGCUGCCAUGCUCAACAUCCACCACUACCUCACUACCGUCGCCACGCUCACUCCUCCUCAGUCAGAAACCAGCAGCGCUGCUGGCGAGGCCAGCGGAUCAUCUCCUCCCUCCACUAGUGCAGAAACCCGGGAGAACCAGGAGAAUGACUCUCAGAGCAGUACAGCCGCUGAACCUGAAGCUGUGAAUGGGGCCACAGGUUUCUCCCAGCCAGACUCUACCACGUUGGGCGACAGUGAAGACCAGCGGGAUGAAGAGGAAGGAGAUGGAGAGGAAGUCGGCGAAGACGGAGAGCCCAACCCUUCAGAGCUGAGGCGCCGUCGUCUCCGCAAACUCGAGACCACACCCCCUCCUCCUGACCACUGAUACAUGCCUACUGAUGCAUUCUGGGAACUGACUUAUCAAUCAAUACAUUAUUGAUUACCAAUCAAUAAUAAGAGAUGUAUUUUAUUUUUUCUCUUUUUUUCCCCCUCCUGGCUCUGCGUUUUGUGCUGUUUAAACUCAGACAGCCAAGAGAGAGGAAGAAGGAACAACCGUUUUGUUGUUGGAACAUAUUAAAAGCAAGAUUAUUUUAUUUUUCAACUGCCUGACAUCUUACGAUCCAUAUGCAGGUGUUUUGUUUCACCACUCUUCACCCAAUACUGAGGAGUGAUAUUCAAACACACAGACCAGAACUUCUUCAAAUACAGACCUGAACGGAGACCGGACUUCUUCGAAUACAGACCUGACCGGAGACCGGACUUCUUCGAAUACAGACCUGACCGGAGACCGGACUUCUUCGAAUACAGACCUGACCGGAGACCGGACUUCUUCGAAUACAGACCUGACGGAGACCGGACUUCUUCGAAUACAGACCUGAACGGAGACCGGACUUCUUCGAAUACAGACCUGACCGGAGACCGGACUUCUUCGAAUACAGACCUGACCGGAGACCGGACUUCUUCGAAUACAGACCUGACCGAAUACAGACCUG